UUAUAAAUAAAUAAAACAACAAAAGAAGGGGAAAGAAGGAAGUCACCGUUUCCACAAUUAAAAAGAAGCUACGUUUCAAUUUUCAAGACAAUUCAGAUGCUGUAUAAAUAUUACGCUGGAGCUUAACAUUCCGAUCAGGGGAAGGUCACUACCAUACCGUUCACUUAAAGAAGCUCUUCUAGGGUUCUGUUUUCUCUAUUAUAUUUCUUUGUUCAUUUUUUUUUUUUUUCUAAAACAAAAAGCAUCAUGAACUGCGAAAUCUGCCAACUGAAAGAACUGGAGGUGGAGCACUUUGAGAUACGAGAAGUUCUACGCUGCAUAUUACAUACAAUUGUCUUUCAUCGUGCUUUAGGUCUUGUCCGUCCAAAGGACAUUGAUCUGGAACUCUUUGACAUUACAUAUGUGCAAUGUGGGGAUUUCGAAGUUGAAAAGAAAAUAGAUGAGAAGAUUGAGCAAUUCAUAAGUUGGGUUGAGAAACAUCCGAAUAAGAAAAGCCAGAUAUGCUUAUCCUUUUAUGAAGUGAAAAGCAAACAGCCUUCGUGGUUCAAAAACAAAAUUGAACGGCUUUGUUGGGAACAGUGGUAUGUCAAUUUGAAUGUGACUCAACACCGAAAAGCACAUUCUGGAAAGUCCCAUCAUUCUAAAGGAGCGGUUGAUCCAGAAGAGAGUGUGUCCGAGGAGAGGGGUGUUCGUAGGGCAGCACUUGAAGCCUCUCUUCGUGAGGUUUUGUUCCAGAUAAUAAAAUUUGUGAAUGAGAAAAAAGAUCAUGUCCCCCCGAUAUCUGACGGUGUCAUAUAUUUUCCUUAUGAAAUUACCAUUCCGAGGAAAAUUCUCUGAAGCUCAUGAUUAGACUGCUGAGUUAACAUUAUACUUCCAUUACUCAGUUCAUCGGAUUCUGCAUUUGGGAUGGACAUGAUUAAGAGGAUGCUACAGACAGGGCAUCCAACCAUGCUCAGCUGAUUACAAUUAUUGGCGCCUGAACUAUUUCAUCAACUCUAAGAUUUGGCAAGGGGGUUAUUCUAUUCAUGUUGUCUUGAUACCUGUAUAUUAGUGGCCUUGUGCAGAAGGAAGCUACACGGGGAUCAAAGCUUGAUUUGAAUCUGAGAAAAAGCGACAGCUAGGUGCAUUUUCAGUUGCAUAUCUUUGUAAAUAUUAUCUUUUUGCAUCUUUUUGGGGACCCCCAUUUACCCAUUUUGUUUUUUCUCUUGUGGUGCUUAAGUUGCCCUUUUAUGUACUAGAUUGAUUCUAAUUCUAUAUACCAAAAAUGUUUGCUUAGUGAUAAUAAAUCAGUUAUUAUUGAUUGUUA